AUGGCAUUCGGAACACUUUACGGCGUAGGUCCAUUCUUUCCCUCGGGAACAGCAGAUGCAUCGAUUACGAUGUGACGUUCCGCUUGACUCGGCUAGCCGGCCACUGCUGGCGUUCGCUGGAGGUGUGCGAAACGUGGUGGUGUGACGCCGUGAACCCACUUCAGCGCCGCAUUGGCCCCGCCACACACCUCGGCAGUGCAGUUCCAACACACCCCUUUGGCUGGUGCGAGUUCAUGGUGCAGGUGCACAUGUUCCUCGGACUGUUGUGCGCUGCCCAGGACGUGUGAUCUGUCGUGCGGAAUCGUUCGCUGGAUUUCUGGUUCGCCACGCACCGGCCAGCCCAGCCAGCGCCAGCACGGUCCGGUCACCAGCAGCAGCCGCCAGCAGCCACACUUGCUCGCUCUCGGCCUCAAUCAGCUCGCAAUCAAUCACUCCUUCACGUCACUGACCCCCUAUCUCUACCCGCCCACUCGCCUCGCUUUUCGCGCCCCUCUCAUCACCAACCCACCCCAAACCAUACCUUCCUACAUCCCCCCACGCCCAUAGUUCCCCGGCAACCCCCGUACCAACGCCGCGCUCGUCACGGCCCAGUACGAGGGCAUCGACCUCGACUUUGUCGAUGUUCACCCCUUCGCCGAGGGAGGCAUUGAUGCCGCCUACAAGGCCAAGUUCCCCUUGGGACUCGUGAGCCAUGCUUCAUCUGCGUUUUUCUCUCCCGCGCCGCCUUCUGAACAACCCGUCUCCCUUCUUCCCUCCUAGGUCCCCGGCCUUGAAGUAGGCAGCCUCUUGCUCUCCGAGACCCUCGCCAUCUCGACCUACCUCGCCUCGCAGAGCAACAAGGCCAACCUCUUCGGCUCCACCAAGGAGGAGACCGCGAUCGUCUACCAGUGGGCCUCGUGGGCCAACCAGGAAUUCCUCCCCAAGCUCGGCUCCUGGUUCGCCCCCCUCCUCGGCAUGGUCCCUUACAACAAGAAGGCCGUUGACGACGCCAAGGCCGUCGUUCUUGCCCGCGGCGACUACCUCGAGAAGGCCUUGGCCAACAAGACCUUCCUCGCGACCGAGCGCAUCACCAUCGCCGACAUCCUCCUCGCCGCCGUGCUCGCCCGUGGCUUCGAGAGGGUUCUCGACGCCGAGUACCGCGCUGCGCGACCCAACACGAUGCGCUAUUUCAAAACGGUCGUGCACCAACCCGAGUUCCAGACGGUCCUCAAGGGCGAGCCCACUUUGUGCGAAAAGGCGGUCCAGUACACCCCUCCCAAGAAGGAGGCCAAGCCCGCUGCCGCCGCCGCCGCUCCUGCGCCCAAGGCCAAGGCCGCGCCCAAGCCCAAGGACGCCGAGGAGGACGAGCCCUCGGCCCCAUCGGAGCCCAAGGCCAAGCACCCGUGCGAGGCGCUCGGCCCCGCCAAGUCGUUCCCCCUUGACGAGUGGAAGCGACAGUACUCCAACAACGACACCCCCGUCGCGUUCGAGUGGCUCGAGAAGAACUUUGACGCGCAAGAGUACUCGCUGUGGAAGUGCGAGUUCAAGUACCCCGACGAGCUGACGCAGGUGUUCAUGUCGUCCAACUUGAUCACCGGCUUCCACUCGCGAUUGGAAGGCUCGAGGAAGUACGUCUUUGGCUCGACCGGCGUCUACGGCACCAACAACAACUCCAAGAUUGUGGGUGUCUACCUCAUCCGCGGUUCGGACUACAAGGGCGUCUUUGACGUUGCCCCCGAUUAUGAGUCGUACGAGUUCACCCCCUUGGACCUUAAGAACGACCGUGACUUCAUCCUCGGCUGCUGGGCAUGGACCAACACUUACAAGGGCCUCGAAUACGCCGACGGUAAGGUCAUGAAGUAA